GCACGCGAGUAGCGACGGUCGCGAGGUCUUGCUCUGCCGGUGGAAGUGACUUGGUUCGGUGCCGUGAGACUAGUGCGUGUGUGGUACCAUGUGGGUCAGCGCGCUGGUGGCGCUCGCCUGCCUCGGUGUAGCGAUUGCCGGCCCUACUGAACUAAAUUCAGGUGCGAAUUUGAAUCCGGUAGAGGUCCCAUAUGCAUCAGAUCAGGUGGAAUUGCGAGAAAAGCGAACUCCCGGGCGAAGUUGGGUGCAAGUUCUGACCGCGUACGAUAGCGGUGAAGACGACGAUGAGGAAGAUGAUAAACCUCGACGAAAACAUGGACAUGCAGCGGACCGGCCUCUGUACCUUCCCCUUGAACUACCUAUAGGCGGAUCGAGAUCACGUGGACGCAUUCUACCACUACUGGUCUUGCCGUUCUCGGCCGGAGCGUUUCACCGCACUUCACAUCUCAAAGAGUAUGACGACCGCCCGGACCAAGACAACGAGAAUUAUUACGAAGAAUCACCGACUCAAAGACCACGGAGACCGACUUCUAGACCUCCAAUAAGACGGCCAGUCGAUAGAGAUCAUCAGUCUGCGAAACCUGAUAAAAUAUGUAGCGGUUCCGACGAUGCCACAUCGCCGCCUCCAAGAAAACCUUCUAAAACACGACCCAAGAAGCCUCAAUACCCAUCUUACAUUCGUGUCGAUCAACUCGAUCAAACGGCGGCCAAACCUUCAUUCGGCAAAACAGCAUCUUCUAAGGAUUUAGUUGAAAAGUUUCGUGCCCAAGCUCCGGAAUCUCCUGGAUCACCGCCUGCUCUCUUCUCCGAGUACGAUGGUAGUGAGCGUGUGCCGCAAACUGAUAAUACCGAUGAAGUACAAGUGGUGGCGCCUUCACAUUCCGUGACAAAUAAUUCUACGACGAGUAGGAAUUCCUUUCAAACACAACAGAAUUACUACACAACUUCGUUUGGAACGGGUGUUCGGAGCCGAGAACCAAUGCGUCCACACUUCAACCGCUCGCUCGUGUUGCAAGGCCAGCUCACCGUGCCGCGAGCUGAUUUCACCGAAACGUACACGUCUUGGUACGAUGCCAAGAGCGGAUCGGCGCGAGUUAAUUUCUAUGGCGGGUCUACUUCCACAUACCGCACCAUGAUGCCCGAUGGAAGCGUCCAGCGUCUUGAAAUGCGCGUCGAUCGUUCAGGCGAAGGUCAGGUGCGCCGCUGCGGUAAGGCCGUGUCGCAGCAGAGCACGCAGGUCGACCGCGCGCCUCCCGCCUUGCCUGACUUAGAGCUGUUCACUUUUGCUGGCUACGAGCAGACGGAGGGCGGCCGAGCGGAGCGCUGGCGCCUCACGGAGACGCCGCGCGCGGGCGAGCGCGGCGGCGCGCGCGGCGAGGCGCUCACUCUGCGCCACGAGCUGCUGCUGCUGCGCGCGCAGGGCGACUCCGCGCGCCCGCUGCGGUACACCGUGAACAUCGACAGCUCGGUGCUGGGCGCUGACUGCGACGGUUACCAACAUCUAUACCUGGAUGCGCGCGAGAUCGACCCGGACAGCGUCUUUUUCACGCCGAAUAUAGACGAGUUAUGUGAUUUCGUUCAGCCUCUGAACGCUUCGUCGGCAGAGCAUUUGGCGCGUCUCGAACCUUUACUUGAGUUCACGCUUCCUCACCGCGAUCUUCGAUACGACGAGGCCUUACAGCGGUUUAAAACGGAGUACAACCGACAAUAUGCAGAUAAUACAGAAGAGGCGGUUCGGAAAAAUCUCCUGAUGCAGCAUCUCCGAUUCAUACGCUCGGGCAACCGGGAGGGAGCGACCUUCGAGUUGGCGCCCAACUACCUCGCGGACCGCCUCGACGAAGAGCUGGAGGAGCUGCGCGGACUGCAGCUGUCCCCCGAGAACACGCGCGCGGAGACGUUUCCGCACACGAGGGACUCCUUGCAGAAGGAGGAGGCGAACCUGCCCGACAGGUUCGACUGGCGGCCGCGCGGAGCCGUCUCGCCGGUCAGAUACCAAGGCUCGUGCGCGUCGUGCUGGGCGUUCGCGGUGGCGGGCGCGGUGGAGGGCGCGCUGUUCGUGCGCACGCGCCGCCUCGUGCCGCUCUCGGAGAAGUGCCUCGUCGACUGCGCUCAUCCGUUUGGUGGGAACGGCUGCAAAGGGACGUGGCCGAGUCACGCUUAUGAUUACGUUCAGAACCGCGGACUGCCGGCUCUUGAGGAAUAUCCAGAGUACAAGGAUAAGGUGGACACGUGCCAGGAGAAGAGCGUCCGUCCCGUCACACGCAUCAGCGGUCACGUCAACGUCACCGCCAACAGCGUGACUGCUCUUAAGGUUGCUAUUCGACAACACGCGCCGUCAGUCGUCAUCAUCGACGCUAAAGCUAAAAGUUUUGUCUUCUACAAGAAAGGCGUUUUGUACGACGAUAGAUGCGCGAAGACACCCAAGAAGCUGAACCACGCGGUGCUAGCAGUAGGAUGGGGCCAGCGCAAGGGCGAGCCGCACUUCAUACUGAAGAAUUCCUGGUCGGAGGCGUGGGGCGAGCGCGGGUACGUGCGCGUCCAAGCGCGCGCCAACACGUGCGGCGUGCUCGCGCGGCCCUCGUACCCGCGCAUCCAGGGCGACGACAUCCUGCGCGACCCGCAGGGCUCCAUCCGCGUCCGCCCGCGCGAGACCGACGACUACGAGGACGCGCCCCGCGCCCGCGGCGCUCGGGCCGGCGCGCCGGACGCGGACUACGACGACCAGGACUAGGGUGUGUGUGUGACCUGACUUUCAUAAUAGUGAAAUUUCUAAGCAAAUGUACACGUUUGACGGGUCUAUGCUAUGCUAAUUGCAAAUCGAGAUCGGCCCUAAGUCUUAAACUACGAGUGUUUAUGUUUAUAUCGCUUGUAAUGUUUGCUCGUGCUUACAAACUAUUUACAUACAUUAUUACAUUCAUAUGUUAAUAGCUAUAAAUAUUACAUCAUACGUAUACUGUACAUAUAGGGAAUUAUUAUGAUUAUUAUAUUUGUUG